AAAAUUCUGAAUUUCCGUAAGAGGAAACUGUAAUCGCAGGCGUUCAGCAUCUACACGAUGGGAAUUCCAAAGUUUUUUCGAUGGAUGAGUGAACGUUACCCUCUUUGUUCGCAACUCGUCCAAGAUGAUCGAAUUCCCGAAUUUGAUAACUUGUACUUGGACAUGAACGGAAUUCUUCACAAUUGCACACACAAAAAUGACGACCAUUCAUCAGCCGCACUUCCUGAAGAUCAGAUGUAUAUUGCAAUCUUCAAUUACAUUGAGCAUCUGUUCCAAAAGAUUAAGCCGAAAAAACUGCUUUAUAUGGCUGUUGACGGAUGUGCCCCCAGAGCCAAGAUGAAUCAACAACGGAGUCGACGUUUCCGUACCGCUAAGGACGCCUAUGAUGCUCGUCGAAAGGCUGAGCGAAAUGGUGAAGUAAUUGCCGAGGAUCCCUUCGAUAGCAACUGUAUCACUCCGGGUACUGUUUUUAUGCAGAGAAUCUCAGAACAGCUGCAUUACUUUAUUCAGAAAAAAGUGUCGGAAGACUCUGAUUGGAGCGGUGUGCAGAUUAUUCUGUCUGGUCAUGACUGUCCCGGUGAAGGUGAACACAAGAUUAUGGAGUACAUACGUACGCAAAAAGCUCAACCGAAUUACAACCCGAAUACCCGUCACUGCUUGUAUGGCCUUGACGCUGAUUUGAUUAUGCUUGGAUUACUCUCUCAUGAUCCUCAUUUUUGUUUGCUCCGCGAGGAAGUUACCUUUGGCCCUGCUCGCAAAAGCGCAUCCAAGGAGCUCGCCAACCAAAAAUUCUAUCUUUUACACUUGAGUUUGCUUCGUGAAUACCUCGAAGCAGAAUUUGAAGAGUGCCGCGACAACCUUCCCUUCGCUUAUGAUCUUGAACGAAUCAUUGAUGAUUUUAUUUUGUUGGCAUUCUUUGUUGGAAAUGACUUUCUGCCUAAUCUCCCUGGUCUGCACAUUAAUGAAGGUGCGUUGGCUUUAAUGUUUAAUGUGUACAAAUCGGUACUCCCGCUUAUGGAAGGCUAUAUUAAUGAAGCCGGUGUAAUCAAUAUGGACCGCUUGGAUCUUGUGUUACUCGAACUGGAAAAGUUCGAGAAGGCUGUGUUUAAAGAGGAAUGCUACUCCUCGAAUGCUGAUGGAGAAGCACCUGCUUUUGAUUUUAAUCAAUUCUUGAGGAACAAUAACAAGGAUCCGUCCUACUUAACUGUAAAGCAGAAAGAACUGUACUGUUUACUGAAAAAGUUCCUGUAUUCACGAGAACAAUAUUUAGACAUCACUGACAAACUGUCGAGUGAAGAUACUAGAUUCCUACGGAGGCUGGCCUCUAAGUUGGGUCUCAUGGCAUCGACUGUUGUAUUUGCGGACGGUUCAAGCUGUCUGCGUGUAGCAUUCAAAAAUUUGAAUUUCAGUGAUUCCGAAGAAGACGAUGAAGAGCAAGACGAGAUUGGAGAAGUUUUGGAAAAAUUUGAUAAGCUGAACAUCAUCGAUAACACUACUAAAGACUCAGAAGAGAAAUUCGAAAAAGGAUUCGAGAUGUGGAAGGAUAAUUACUACCGCAGCAAAGUUGGUUUCAGUUAUUACGAUGAAAAGGAACUCGAGCAAAUGGCCAAACGUUAUGUUGAAGGCUUGCAAUGGGUAUUGUUCUACUACUAUCGUGGUUGCCAAUCGUGGGGUUGGUUCUAUGAUUACCAUUAUUCACCAAAGAUAUCGGAUGUUCGAAGGGGUCUUCGCUUUGGCAUCACCUUUGACAUGGGUAAGCCGUUCCGUCCCUUUGAGCAAUUGAUGGCUGUUUUGCCAGCUCGAAGCAAGUCUUUAGUGCCUCCUUGUUAUCGUGAUUUGAUGACGGACCCCAACUCUCCUAUUAUUGAUUUUUACCCUGAAAAUUUUGAGCUAGACCAAAACGAAAAGAAGGCUAGCUGGGAAGCUGUUGUCAAAAUUCCGUUUAUCGAAGAGACGCGUCUGCAAGAUGCUUUGAAGAGCAGAGAGCAUUUGCUAACAGCCGCCGAGCUUCACCGCAAUGAAUUCCAUCCUCCUGUUUUGUUCAUUAAAGACGACAGCAUUACACGCGUGUUUCCUUCUUCAUUGCCUAACAUAUUCCCCGACCUGCUGUCUCAUUGCAUUGAGGUGAAUUACUCCUUGCCAUCAAUGCAGGGCCUUGAGUACCGUGUUGGUCUGUGCCCUGGCGUUUUUCUCGGAACCUUCGGUUUGGCUGGUUUCCCUUCAUUCCAUACCGUGAAGCACACUGCAGAAAUCGCGUCCAAAGGAGUUAACGUUUUCGGCAAUGACAGCAGGAAUCCUAGUGUCAUUGUACACGUUCAGAAUAUUUAUAAUUCUACGCCAGUUGAAGAACUGGCUAAGAAAUACUUGAAUCAGAAGGUCUUUAUGGACUGGCCUUACCUGCGAGAAUCGAAGUCUGUUGCUCUGACCACGUCUGUUCAGCUUUACACUAUGGAGGAUGGAAAUCUUAAUGUUCGUGAGCUGACUUCAGACGAAAUUAGUCUUCGGCGCAGAAAAAUUGAGACCCUAAAUCGUACGUACUUUAAGCGGUAUGGUGUCAUUUUGGGUCCAGUUGAUGUCGUACUCGUUGUACAUCCUCUUAAAGGAAUGCAGUUUACACGUGAUGGUGCUUUGAUCAAAUCGUUUGAUUCUGACAGUAUGGAGGUUAUUCCUAUCCAAAUUCUUGUCGAUAAAAUUGCUAUUGAGGACGCAAGAUAUACUGAGCGUGAAGCCCCUCCUGUGGAACUAGAGUUUCCUGUUGGGACAAAAGUGUUUAAUUUGGGUGAGUACAAUUAUGGUCGCCCUGCUCAGGUCACUCAAUGUAAAGACAAUAAGUUGUCAAUUUGGCUCUCAACUGCCCCUGGAUUAGAUGCUACGUGGGGUACUGCGAUUGUUCGUGCAUUUCAACAUUCAGAAGUGUAUUAUCCUUCAUACAUCGUUGCGAGAAAGUUAGGACUGCAUCCACUCGCUCUAAGCAAAAUCACCUCUCGUUUUGUUAUAAACGUCGACAAACGACAAGAGAAUGUGGGACUUAGCCUGAAGUUUGACGCGAGACAACUGAAAGUUAUAGGAUAUACGCGAAAGACUCAAAGCGGUUGGGAAUUUAGUGAAGCUGCAAUAAAACUCUUAGCAGAGUACAUGCAUGCUUUCCCGGAUUUCUUCCAGGCACUGAAUCGUCUUCCCUCCAAAGAUUCCCUGACCGCGAAAGACUAUUUCCCUCAUGAUGACAAGGGUAAAGUGGCUGCCAUGAAACAAUGGCUGAAACAAAAUAAAGUUUCAGAGUUCACUCGUGUUUCUUUGAGUGACUACAGCCUCACAAAAGAAGCUAUCCAACAAAUUGAAGCAAAGGCUGAUUCCAUUGACGCUACGUUCCAGGUACCGAAGAAGGUGUUUGGAGUCCCUCGUUAUGCUGUCUUAAAGCCUUCUCAGGCGGCACACGUAUUGCAUUCGCAGACAUUUGCUUUGGGGGAUCGUAUCGUCUAUGUCCAAGACUCCGGAAAAGUACCCAUUGCUGCUUACGGUACAGUGGUGGGUAUCUCUACUCACCAACUGGAAGUCGUUUUUGAUUUGCCGUUUAUGAGCGGAACGACUUUGGAUGGAAAGUGUUCGCCUUACAGAGGCAUGCAACUUGAUCCAUCAACAGUACUCAAUAUUACACAACCUCAACUUCUGAUUACUACGCGCGCUGGUCAGGCGAGAAAGAAGAAGUUGGAGAGUAAUAUUCAUUCGACAACACCUUCAAAACUUGUUACUAAAGCACAGUACAACCAUGUUCCUCCUCCUCCGUCUCUUAACACGUGGAAGAAAUCGCCCCAAAAGUCAAGAAACACUAGGGGUCCCAUGUCACCGGGAAAGGCUUUAAAUAAAGGUCCUGCAAUCCCAGAUGGCCAAGUGUCGACUCCGAGUGACGGAACGAAUCAACAUAGCACCAACAGCAACACGAGAGGACGCGGACGUGGUCCGAGGCGCGGAAAUCCUCGAAAUGUCCAUCGGAAUGUAUCCAAAAGUCAUGCUCCUCAAAAAGUUUAAGGAUGUUUUCCUCUAAAUCAUUGUUGGCAUGUUUUGGGUAGGAUUAAAAGUUUUCGCUCUUAUGGCUUUACUCUCAUUUCAGAAGUUAAUUUACGCUGAACGCCGCUAUUAUGUGAAAUUCUCCGAGUCGUAGUCGUAAUUAACAAAUCACAGUAAGAACUGGUUAUAUUCUUAAGUAAUUAUUCUACGGAUAUAAGUACAUAGACUUCAAAAAGUUGGUAUCGGCAGACACGCUUACUGCUUAACGCCAUAUCUGUUGACGGUCUUUCCGUCGGGAAUGUUGAAAAGGACAGCCUUCUCGCCAUCAAAAGCAGAGUCGACGAUGAAGUAACCCUUUCUUUCGAUCUGAACGAUGUCGCCCUUCUUGAGAUCCUUCAUGUCGGCAGCACCCUUGGUAAUAGUGUGGAACUCGGUUUGAGGAGUCAAGAAAUCCUUGUAGUUAUCGUUUUCAUCAAGCUUGUCCUUGGUAAUAAGGUAGUCGAAGUCAACAAGAUCCACAGUGGGAAGAGAAGGAACAUCAGCCAACCAAGUAACCUUCUUCUCCGUCUUUUUGAAAUCACCUUCAAGGUGAAGUUCGAGUUUCAAGGAAACAACAGUCUUAUUGUCAGCAUCGUAGACAAUGUCACGGACGUAAGCGUUUCCCCAGUCCAUAAGAGUAAUCUCCUCAUCCUUCUUGAAAGACUGAGCAUCAGCCUGGUCAAACAAGAUUGUGUUAGAGUAAGUGAUCUCCUUGUCGCCCAAGGCUGCAUUCUUCUUAUGCUUAGGAUGCUUUUCGACGUAAGGAGCAGCGGGACCAUUGACGAUGGUAGCCUUAACCACUUUGUCGGAAGCAACAGCAACGUAACGAGGAGCAACGGGGUCAAUAACCUUCUUGUUGGUGGCCCAGAAGGAAGUCCAAUCCAGAGUGAGAAUGUUCUUACUGGGACCUUGGGAAACAAUGUAUUGUUGAAGGGCCUCGAUGGUCAUACCACGUCUACGAACACCACGGACAGUAGGGAAACGAGGAUCGUCCCAACCCCAAACAACACCAGCGUUGACCAACUCAGUAAGCUUACGCUUACUGAGCAAAGUGCGAACGAAGUUCAUACGAGAGAACUCCCACACGUGAACCUUACGCAGGUUCAUAGUCUUUAACAUCCAUUGGUAAAGGGCGUUUCUAUCGCGGUAUUCGGUCGUACGCAAAGCAUGCGUAACACCCUCAAGAGAGUCGACAAUGGGGCAAGCAAAAUCGUAAGUGGGGUAUGCCUUAUACUUGUCACCAGUGCGGUGGUGAGGAAGCAAGUUACAGCGGUAAAUAACAGGGUCACGUAAGGCCUUGUUAGGGCUGUCAACGCUAAUUUUAGCACGGAUACAGUUCUUCAAACCAGUCUCAGUACCCUUGUUCAUCUCUUCAAAGAUAGCCAAAGACUCUUCAACAGGACGAUCUCUGUGCUUGCUGGGAACACCAUCAGUACGCUCUUGACGCAUUUGGUCGACAGGAGUAUCGUCAGCGUAGGCGUGACCAGCCUUAAUGACAUCAAUACAGUAUUGGUAAAUAGUAUCGAGGUAGUCGGAAGUGUAAGUAAGAACAUCAGGCUUGAUACCAAGAAGAGCGACAUCCUCGACAAUAGACUCUUGAUACUCAGACUUCUCCUUACUGGGGUUGGUGUCGUCAAAACGCAUGAUCAGCUUGCCAUGAUACUUCUUAGCGAAGUAUUGGUUCAAAAGAGCGGCCUUAGCGUGACCAAUGUGCAAGUAUCCACUAGGCUCAGGAGGGAAACGAGUGACGACCUUACCGUCAACGGCAUCAGGAAGGCCAAUCUCAUAGUUGGGUCCAGAGGAUUUUUGCUUCUUGCUGGCGUUAACAGCCUUGGUAAAGUCGGCCAAACCACCCUUUGUGGGCUUUUGGGCGUCCAUGAACUUGUACCAACGAGCAACGUUGUUAUAGGAACCCGUACGAACGGCGCCAGCAGCCAUGUUGUUGCUCUUGAGAGCACCCCAAACGGCAAAGUCGGCAAUGCUGACAAAAUAGCCCAAGAGUACGGUACGCAUAAUCAAAUGGUCGUCCAAUUUGGCAAGCAACUUCGAGACGGUAGCGAAAUCAUGGGUGCCUGUCAACUCGGCAGCCAAGUUCAACCACUCUUCGGCAUCAGCGACAGAAAGCUUUCCCAAAAAGAGUUCAGGGUAAGUAGACAUGAAGUGCUGAACAAGUUCUUUCACUCCAAAAACAGGCUUCUCGCUGCCAGCAGCAGAGAAAGAGACCGAAGAUUCCUUGUUAGACUUGUCCAAAAGGGGAACAUCCUCGUAAGCAACAUUCACAGCCUUGGGAUCGUUGUUUUUCAGCUUUUCCGC